UGAAACUUUAAACUUGUAUAAAGAAGUUGAUUGCAUUGGAGAUUCUUCCAUUGGACAAAAGCCUAUGUCUUAUGUGAAAGGGAGACUUUUUUAGUCAAAAACCCAAAUAUCAUUUCUUUUUACAAACAGCCUACAUCUCUCUAACUCCGUUUAUGUCCCCACCGGAUCUUCCUCCUAUCUCUAUCACUGCCACCAUUACUGUACAUACCAGUUACCUCACCAUUAAACCCAGUGGACAGUCCCCAGUAGCCAUUGCUUUUCCCGAAUAAAAUCAAUACCCCACAACACAGGGAGCAGUCCUUCUUCAACAGAUCCCCAUCUCACUUCGCUUUCAAAUUCUUCUCCAUGAAACAUUACUCAAGAAAUCACAUUCCUGCCUUCGGUAGUUGGGAUUUCAACGACGAUCUUCAAUUCACACAAUGCUUCGAAUCCGCCAGACAAGCCGGUUUGAUCCGUUGUAGCUACUCCGGAGAUCGCGAUCUCUACGUCGCCGGGGAUUUAUACGAGAACAACAUCGUCACUCCCGCCAUUAUUGUCGCUCCUCGCCGCAGAGUAACUAGGUACCCAAAGGAAGCGAAAAAGGUGUACGACGGUGAUAAGAAGGAACCGCCGAACCCGGUGAGUGUAGCAACACCGACCGGAGCAUGGAGCAAGCAAGCGAAACCGAUGGCUGUGGAUGAGGACUUGUACAAGAUCUCGCCGGAGCUCCUCCGUCUGAAGCCCAGAAGGAAGAGGUGGGGAUUGUUUUCUACGUGCAUAUCCAUAUUUACCAGUCGCCGGGCAAGUGUAACAUGGUGGGAAGAAACGGCGUCAAGUGAUACCUCGCAUCCAGUCCACCAGUCUUCCAGUUCAUUCCUUAUUCCGGCAUCCAAAGUUGCAAUGAGCACAGAGGAGUUGUCCAAGAAAAAUUCCCACUCUGAGUUAGUGAAGUUGAAUUCAGCUUUUAAACUGGCUGAAAAAUGGGUUAAUAACAUGACUAGAACUACAGACGAAAAAUCAACUCGAGUUGUUUUAGAGGCUCGACCUCCUGGGUUAGGAAUCGGUGCGGUGGUUCCCCGUCAACAGAAAGUUGGACUGUCGAAUGAUCCUGUUGAAAGAAAAUUGCAUUCUCAAUUAGACGCACAAAAGCGGAAAUUUGCAAAAAUGGCUGAGGAAUCUCAACCCACAAAUAAAGAUGAUGAGAGUAGUGAUGAAGAUGAUGAACCUCAAAGUAGAACUCAAGCAUUUGUUAAAAAGAAAAUGACGGUUUUGCCCUCGUCAAGUCAAAAAAACUAGUAAAUGUAAUCUUUUUUGUAUUACCUUAAAUUGAAUGAAUAUUUUAGGGUCAAAACUGCUUCCGAAUUAGCAACAAGCACAGCUGCCUCUUCCCCACACCCAAUAUUCUAAUAUGGUCCCAUUUGCAAAGUUUGUACUUAUUUAUUUAUUUUUCCUCUUUCACUGGAUUUUUUUUUAUCAGGUUGUCUUUAUAUAAGUGAUGGAUUUGAUGGUUGGUGACCAUUCAUCUCUCUCAAUAAUUGAUUUGAAUUUUAAUUCAUGAGUUUUUUUAAAUGAUUUAAUAAAAUUUGUUUUUGGGAUGUGAAAUUAUUUAAUGGAAUGUUAUGGUUGCUUUGAAAGAAAAUAGUGGAAAUGGUAAAUAGGAAAUGAUUACUAUUUUGUUUGGGAGGAG